UGGGAAUCUAAAGAAAAAGUGCAAAGUAGAGAUUAAAAUGGGAAAUAACAUAUUUAUGAAGAAUAGUAUAAUUUUAAGGAAUUCUAAAUCAAGUUUCCUUGUAAGGGUAGAUUUAAUUCGUUAAUGAAUUUUGAGAUUGAUAUAUUUGAUAAGAAUGUAAGUGCUAAAAUUGAGUAAAUAAAUAAAUAUAUUAGGAAGGUCUUUCAAUAAAUAAAAAGUGCUAUUGAAGAUUCAAAUUAAGAAAUGUAAAAGUGAUAUCUAAGUUAGAAAUUCAAUAAACCAGAAGAUGAGUAAAAUCGUAAAAUUGAAAUUUAGAUUAAUAUUGAUAGAAAUAAAAAAGAGAAUAGAGGGAAUGUCUAAAAUGAGGGAAUAGAAAUAUUUGUGAGUCCUGAUGAAAAUAAUGAGAUUAUAAUAUUAAAUGGUUAGGUAUUUAUAAUUUAUGUUAAUAUAAGUAAUAUUGUUAUCAAUAAGUUUAAGUUUGGAAUUGCCAGAGAAGUAAUGCAACAUUAGUGCAUAAGGUAUAAGUUCUAAAUAAGCUUCAUAAUUUGAAUAAUUAUUGAAUCGGAUUCGAAAUGAAGUGGCAAUGGGAAGAAGAGCAAAUCAUAAAGGUUAAAUUGAAUGUGCUGCAGAUAUGCAUAUGAUAAGUUGGUCUAAAGAUAUGGCUAAAAAGGCAUAAGAAUGUAGUGAUACAUGUCCAGAAUAACCGAUUUUUUGUAGAAAUGUAAAUAAUCAAUUAUCAAUAAGAUAGAUGAAAGGGUUAACAUCAUUCAUGAUUCAUAAAUUGAUAGUUCAUACUUAAAAAUGGGAAUGGGAUGCAGAAUUCGUAUUAAAUGAAUGGAUGUAAUCUUAAAACUCUGCUUAAUAAUUACUUCAAUCUAUGUUAUUUUAAGUCGGAUGUGGGAGAAGUCUGACUCCUGUAAAAGAUAAAUUCUUAAUGUAUACGGUUUGCUUUUUUGAUUAUGUAAUUUACAUAUGAUGAAAAAGUAUAGCCAAAUAGAAUGAAUCCAUACAGACCUGCUCCUUCGAUUAAUACAGCUGGUUCAUGUAAAUUAGGAAAAUCGUCUAGUCAUAUUGGUUUAUGCAUUUCACCAUAUUCAAAGGAUUAAUAACUCAUUUGGAUUAAAUAAGAGAGCAGAAUAAUUCAAUCUAAAUGA